AUGAUUCGCGGCUUAACUCUUUCACCAACAAUGAAAAAUUUCAUUCGUUGUGCUGGUUUAUCAGGUACAUUAGCUAUAUGUUUAGGCGUUUAUGGAGCUCAUAUUAUGAAAGAAAAUACUACAGACGAUCUUCGACGAUUAUUUCAAUUGGCUCAAACAUAUCAUUUACUUCAUACAGUGGCUUUACUUGCUGUACCAUUUGUCUCACGACCAUCGAUUACAGGAUCUUUAUUUAUUGGUGGACUUUCACUUUUUUGUGGUCCUAUAUAUUAUCAUGCAAUACGCAACGAUACUCGAUUUCGUAGUGUAACACCAUAUGGCGGAGCUCUUCUUAUAGCUGGAUGGUUAUCGAUUGCUGUACUUUAG